AGGAUAAUCGAGUUAAAUAAUUCACGAACGAUUCUCUCCUUUUAUUCUUUUCAAACACAUUUUUCAAUGACAAAUCAAUUUGCAAUCGAAAAUAAAAAUACGUCACGGAGGCAUCCGUUUCCUUGAUUCCGAACACUCGUCAAAUUAAUCAACGUCGAUCGAUCAAACUCGUACAUAUUCGAUUGGGAAGAAUUGAAAUUGCAUUCGAGUAACGGUUUCCUGGCGACGCGAUUGAAAUUUUUCGUUCACAGAACGGUCGCUUAAUUCGUCAAAUCUGAUUGUAUGCGACUCAUUAUCUAUUUGAUGAUCGAAUGAAAUUUGCACAUUAUCAUUUUUCAAAAGCUACUCAAGAACAUUUCUCUCAUAAGAAACUCAACCGGCUUUAAUUAAAACGAGUAUACACACGGAAACAAACGAAACAGCUCGUUUUUAUUACAAAGAGAAGUGUUGAUUCAGUGGAAUGCUCCUGAGGCGAUUCAAGAUUCGUUUUUGUCCUCUCAACCACUUCUUGAAACGUUGUAAAGGAUUAACACGCGACACGAUCGAAACUCACGAGUGAAUAAUCGAGAAAAAAUUCGUCAUCGAUUAAAAAUAACGAGAGAGAUAUUCGUCGUGUACCGGAUGAUUAUUGGAAAGCAAAAGCGACGAGUAUAUCGCGCGAAUAGCAAACGAGCAACAGGAUACAGUUGCUCCCUCCACUGGACGUAAGGUAGGCCAGAGAACAGAGACGGAUAGUAUGAAAUGGAGAGAGAGUAGCCGAGGGAUCCCACUCUAGGUAGAGUUCAUGACGUCAAUCUUCGGGGCCAAGUCGCACGACCAGUUUGAACUGCUAGCUCGCCGUAAGAAGGGAAGAAGAAGAGGAAGAAGAGGCGACACUGGUCUCUCGAACUGUUCCUCGAUCGGUCCUGAUAUGUGUACAUUUUUACCGGCCGGCACUCGUACCGCCGCCAUGUGUAUCCAAACUGUUCUCUCGUCUGAUCGUGUGUCAUACAUCGGUGGAUAGGUUUGUCUACAUAUAUAAAGAUUCUUCGAUUGAGGUUAAUUAAAUUUGUGAUCAAACAGUGUAUCAAAUAAGAAAAGGUGAACGGGUUCGCUUGUUGAAAUUGAUGAAUCGAUAAAAAUGAUUGAAUACGACAAAGAAUAGAAAAAAGAGCAUAGAGUGUCGUGAAGACCAGUCAAUAUAAUCGCACACCUGGUGCCAGUGAUAAGUAGUGUGCAUGGAAGCGAAUGCAAGUCGUGCAGUGGAGACUCGCGAUGGAACUCGGUUGUUCGGUGACAAUACCUUGGUCGAUCGGGAAGCCCCCACAGUUAUCCGCCUUCUCAGUGCUGAACUUUAGCUUGGACAUUACGAUAUCUUAUCCAAUCGCGCGAAUUUGUGGUAGUUCGAUUGAAUAGAGGCCAAAAAAGAUACGUGUACGAAUAUAAUUAGGAGAUCGAUAAACAGGUUGUGACAGUGAUGCAUGUUCUGUGAAAAUCUAACGAAAAAAAUAUUAAAGUGUAUAUAAUAAUAAGGCAGAUAAGUGUUAUGAACUGGAAAGUUAUAUUCUGAGGAUUAAAAGGGAUCGAAGGAAAGAACAUUUGAACGAAGAGGAAUAGCAAAGUGCACGGACGUUCGAUGAUAUCGUGUAUGGUGCAACGAGGAAAACAACGAACGACGAAGCCGUUGUGUUUGGAUACUUGACGCGGUCGCUACUGCGCGUCGUGAAAACAUCGACGCCAGAAGAGAAAUGGGAAACCACCCGUCCGCCCACCAACCGCUCGAGAGAGCUACCAACCAUGCUGGAAAUGGUCUUCGCCUCUCGAAGCGAGAGAGGUCACCGGGAAAAAGAAUGGACCGACUUCGACGAAGUUUUCGUGAUAGCUUUCGACGGCGGAAAGAUCCUCAUGUACCGGAAUCAAGUAAACCGCAUCAAUGGCAGGCGGACGAAACGGCUGUCCGCUCGGCCACAUGUGCUUUCCAUGUUAAGUACCUGGGAUGUGUUGAGGAAUCAAGGGGUAUGCAAGUGUGCGAGGAAGCUCUAAAAGUACUUAGGAACUCGAGGCGGCGGCCGGUACGCGCGGUGCUGCACGUAUCAGGAGACGGUUUGCGGGUGGUUGAAGAUGAGACAAAAGGGCUGAUCGUCGAUCAGACGAUAGAGAAAGUUUCCUUUUGUGCUCCGGAUCGAAAUCACGAGAAAGGGUUCAGUUACAUCUGUAGAGACGGCACGACCAGACGAUGGAUGUGCCAUGGAUUUUUGGCAUUGAAAGAAUCGGGAGAACGCUUGAGUCAUGCAGUGGGAUGUGCUUUUGCUGCGUGUCUGGAAAGAAAGCAACGAAGGGACAAGGAAUGCGGUGUCACGAUGACGUUCGAUUCGAAAACUUCAACCUUCACGAGGAGCGGCAGUUUCAGGCAGCCAUCUUUAACCGAGCGAUUGCAGGAUUCGCGCGAACGCGCCGUAGAUGUACCACCUAUAAAGCAAGUCUACAAUCCUUUUNNNNUAGAGAGACCACACGCUACCCCGUCGAUGCUCGAAAGACAAGGUUCCUUCCGGGGUUUCACUCAAUUGAACCAAGCAUCACCGUUCAAAAGGCAGCUUAGUUUACGGAUUAACGAUCUUCCUAGCAAUCUUGAACGCACACGCAGUCAUAGCCUUGAACCGACGGAUUUGUCACGGAUGCCAUCUGCUAUGUCUCACAUCGUACCUCUGAAGCCACCAGAAUUCGAAGGAUAUGACGAAGUUAGUCCAAUACCAGAAAUAUCACCCGGGGGUCAAGAUAGCGUUUCAGCGAUGUGUCAGCAGCUUUCACAAGGGCUUUCUCUUCUUUCGAGGACCGACGACUUCGGACCAAUCUCUACGCAAAGCAGUACAAGCUCUGUGGCUAAACAGCUCUUCACCAGUACCACCGCUAAUAAUACUCCACCAGUGACGAGUAGCAACUUGUUGGACGAAUUAAAACUGCAAAAUGGUCCAAGUUUGAACAACAAUAACAACAACAACAAUAACGAAAAGAACGACGAUCUCAGUAAUCUGAAUCACGUUGGACCCAGUUGGCAGGAAGCUCCGUCACCUGUUCUGGCUUCGAAUCACAGGCUUACACCAAUCUUGAAUAAAACCAGCAAUCUCAGUCCCAUUCUUCCAAGAACGAACGCGCCUACACCGAUAGUUAUGAGUACCCCCGCACCCAACACCACUGUCAGCGUGUUUGGAACAUCAGCCUCGGCCAGUCCAGCCUUCAGCACAGCGUCCACGUCCUCCUUAGGAAAUGCACCCACACCGGCUAUGAAUAGGUCACCGAUACCAGUGACUUCAGUGAUGACUCCCAAGACCAGCUCACCGACUACUACCAGUAUGGCAUCCGUCUCACCGGCUCUAUCUGGAAAGAUUUCUAAUAAUGUUAGUCAAAUUAAUCAAACCUCAGUGGCGAAUACUAUUACUACAUCAGCGGUUCAAUCAGUUUCAACAACAGCCGCAUUGCCAAAACCGGAGCAAUGGUUGGGCAGUAUAACAAGCUCGGUACCACCUUCAGUGCAAUCUCCUUCGCAAGGACAAAUAAGUCCUCGACGGGCACCACCUCUUCACGCGAGGGCGCUCUCCCUCGGUUCGGCCGCCAUGAAUCAGGCGACCAGAACCGGUCCUUCGGAUCCAUUCGACGCGGAAUGGGCGGAAAUAGCGGCGAGGAAUCUGCGACAAUCGAGCACCACAAACCCGUUCAUAAUGCCAAACGCGACCCAAGCAUUCCAGGUGCAAUUGUAGCGCCAGGAGUUUGUCAACAGCGUGGCCAAGUACUUCCGUUCGAACACAUAGUGACGACUCCACGUCCGUUCGCGUUUCGACCUCUCGAAUAACCGGAAGUAUUACACGUGAACCGCGUUAAUCUUGAUGGAAUCGCGUGGUUUCAAAUGAGUAAUUCUCCAAUGGAGAUUCCGGAUGAUUGGCCACGGUAAAGAGCCGUGUGAUGAAGAGGGACCUCCAUGAAAAGCGAGGGAUGGAGAUAUCGAUCUCGAAGAGAUAUGUUUAGUAGCAAUGAUUGAUAUAGAAGCAAAUCAGCACAAAACACGUACCCGUUGUUUCUAGAUAUUAGUAGAUUACGCACACACAGCCUCAAUAACCUCGAAUGAAUACGAGAAGAGUGAGAGGGAAUAUGAAUUUGAAAUAAUGAAAAAAAAAAAAA